AUUUACUACCAGGCCAGGGAUGCCGUACUGUACGUUGCGAGUUUUACUGUACAAACGCGGUUCGAGUUGAAAAAUAGCGUCGAUGAUCGACAACAUACGGUACUGCAUACCAGUACCYUACUUCGAACUGAUACCGGUAGUAGCACUCGGAAAGUCGUACACUCUUUCUGUGCAAUAGGAAGGUUUUCCACACACAUACGGUACACACAGGAACACAACGAACCAGAAUGGCCGCCAGAAAAUCGUGCACCAAGCUCACGUGGGCCGAGGCCAAGGACCGCUGCGGCGUCGGCGGGAGCAAAAACCCCCACAAGGCCGGAUCCAAGAUCUCCCAGCARCCCAACCACGGCAAGCUCCUCGCGGCCAAGAUCAUCGCCAAGUCCGGACCCGACGAGAGCCAGAGCAUCAAAAACCGCCAGGCCGCGAGAAUGGCACGCCGGGACGAGCUGCGCCAGAAGGAGCUGGACAAGCAGCGCGAGCUCGAAAAGGAGCGGAAACGCCUGGACGACGUCGUGAAACCGCACGAGAAAGCGAUGGAGAGGCUGGCGGAGCUGGAGGAAAUGCACCACCAGAAAAUUGCGGCAGACCGCGGCAUAGAAGGCAACGAUCACGGUGGGGAGAUGGAUCCGGAYCGGGGGAAUCUCGUCUGCGAAUCGAAACAGCUGCAGGUCGACGAGGUCCUCGCCCUGGAGGCGAUCUACGCCGACACGGAAACCCUCAGGGUCUCCGAGGCCUCCGGGCUGGAGGACCUACAGGAAAAGAUCGAUGCCUGGCAGGACGACCCGGACCAGAUCGAUCUGCGGGYCGCUUUGGUGAAYCACCCUGCCGUUUCCUACACGCUAAGGCGGAGCAUCGAAGACCCGGCCGACGAGGAYCGGSUGGCCCACCUGCUGCUCCACGUCGAGUACCAGGAGGACUACCCCCUCGAGUCGACGCCACCGGCCACGAAACUACUGUGGUGCCUGGUGACGAGAAAAUCCCUGGUGGUCUCGUCGAACAAACCGCUSGAGAGCCUCGGGAUCCUCGACGAGGCGGGGCUCUUCCGGGCGAUGGGGGAGGAGGCGGAAGAAUCCCUGCUCGGGAUGCCCAGCGUGUACGAGCUCUUGGACACGUGGCUGAACGAGCACUUCUUUGACUACGUGCAGGCCUGUCCRACCCGGGACAAGAAUUGAGCACACGCAAGAAAAAAACAUGCCGGGUGGAAAKCAAGUGCCAUGGCCUCCACGAACCGCAUUUGCCAAGAGAAACCGUCUACCGCCAUCCAUCCGGGCUUGCACGCCGUCCUCGGCUUGGCCUGGCCUGGUGCGACCGUACCGUAGAACAUGCCAUACGAUGUGAGAAAAAAGGGCGAUCGSUGGCGCAUGGACACUGCCUGCUUGGCCUGGCCUGGUGCCACCGUACCGUACAAUAUGCCAUACGAUGUGAGACAAAARGGCGAUCGGUGGCGCAUGGACACUGCUUGUUUUCACGCCAAAAUAGACGCCCRCUUUGUGGAGCAAGGGUCGAUCUACGUUUGCAAGAAACCAAAUUUUGUUUCAUCGUGAAAUGCAGCUGCUGCAACUCCACUUUCUAGCAGCAGCAGUACUGUUGCGGCUGCUUCCAAUUAGGCUCGAUUAAACGAUCUUGCUGACA